CCCCUCUAGUUGAAGGAGGAAGAAAGCCUACAGAGCAAAAGGAGAGAAGGGGGGGAAACGUCAAAAGAAGGUCUGGAAAAGAUUACAAGGAGACAUUGGCUUUAAAGAGGACUUCAGAGUGGUGUGUGAGCUCCACACUGAUGGUACAGCACAUCUGGAUUGCCCACUUACAUGUGCACUGCCAGGCUCCCUGUCUACCAGCAAUGACAAAGAAAAGGCUCCUUUAAGGCAAUUAUUUUCUACUUAGUCUAGAUAGAUUUUUUUAUUUUAUUUUUACAGAAAUUGGACAUCUCUAUUUUUUUAAAAAAUAUUUUUACCACUUGCUUGCUUGAAGUGGUAAGCCUUUGCCUUAUUACUGCCUCAACCAAAGCUGAUCUUUUUUUGACAUUACCUCAGAUUUGGGACACUGAAGACCACACAUCAGACUGCAGCUCCUGGGACCCUGGGUUUCUCAAGAUGCAUUGUGAACGAUUUAUAUGUAUCCUUAGAAUAAUCGGAACUACCCUCUUCGGAGUGUCCCUCUUACUAGGAAUUACAGCUGCUUAUAUUGUCGGGUAUCAGUUUAUCCAAACGGACAACUACUACUUUUCUUUUGGACUAUAUGGUGCCAUAUUAGCACUACAUCUCCUCAUCCAAAGCCUCUUUGCUUACCUAGAGCACAGAAAGAUGAAGAGAUCUCUUGAAACCCCUAUCAAACUGAACAAAUCAGUUGCCCUAUGUAUUGCUGCAUAUCAAGAGGACCCUGACUACUUACGAAAAUGUUUACGGUCUGUGAAAUGGUUGACCUAUCCAGGAAUGAAGGUCAUCAUGGUCAUCGAUGGUAACUCGGAAGAUGACCUUUACAUGAUGGAUAUAUUUAGCGAGAUUAUGGGGAGCGAUCGAAGCGCCACUUACGUCUGGAAAAAUAACUUCCAUGAAAAAGGUCCCGGGGAAACAGAAGAGUCGCACAAAGAGAGCAAACAACAAGUCACUCAGCUGGUUCUAAACAACAGAUACGUGUGUAUCAUGCAAAAGUGGGGAGGAAAACGUGAAGUGAUGUACACUGCCUUCAAAGCUCUGGGCCUAAGCGUGGAUUAUGUGCAGGUAUGUGAUUCGGAUACAGUUCUUGACCCAGCUUCAUCCGUUGAGAUGGUUAAAGUAUUGGAAGAAGACCACAUGGUGGGAGGAGUAGGUGGAGAUGUGCAGAUUUUGAAUAAAUAUGACUCGUGGAUCUCUUUUCUAAGUAGCGUGAGAUACUGGAUGGCCUUCAACAUCGAGAGAGCCUGCCAGUCCUACUUUGGUUGUGUCCAAUGCAUUAGUGGACCUCUUGGGAUGUACAGAAACUCACUGCUGCAUCAAUUCAUAGAAGAUUGGUACAAUCAAGAAUUUUUGGGUUCCCAGUGUAGUUUUGGAGACGACAGGCAUCUAACCAACAGAGUUUUGAGUCUUGGCUUUGCAACUAAAUACACAGCACGAUCCAAAUGCCUUACCGAAACCCCUAUUGAGUAUCUAAGGUGGCUUAAUCAGCAAACACGUUGGAGCAAGUCCUACUUCCGUGAAUGGUUAUACAACUCCAUGUGGUUCCACAAACACCAUUUAUGGAUGACCUAUGAAGCUGUGAUCACCGGAUUCUUCCCAUUUUUUCUAAUAGCCACUGUAAUCCAGUUAUUCUACCGAGGUCGCAUAUGGAACAUCUUGCUCUUUUUGUUGACUGUGCAAUUUGUUGGCCUCAUCAAGUCUUCUUUUGCCAGCGCUCUACGGGGAAAUAUUGUUAUGGUUUUUAUGUCGCUCUACUCAGUGCUUUACAUGUCUAGUUUACUACCUGCCAAGAUGUUUGCCAUCGCGACCAUCAACAAAGCAGGUUGGGGCACAUCGGGAAGAAAAACUGUUGUUGUUAACUUUAUAGGAUUGAUUCCUAUAACCGUUUGGUUUACAAUCCUUUCUGGGGGUGUAAUUUACACCAUAUGGAAGGAAACAAAAAAGCCAUUUGCAGAAUCUGAACAGACAGUUCUCAUAAUCGGUGCAAUACUAUACGCGUGCUACUGGGUGAUGCUGUUGACUUUGUACGUGGCUCUAAUCACAAAAUGUGGCAGGAGGAAGAAGGAACAGCAAUACAACUUGGGAAUUGAAGUAUGAUGAUACUCAAUUGCCUGUAUGCAAACUUGUCGAAAGCCUUAAGAGACUAUUUUUAUUUGUCUAGGAGUAUUACGGACAUGAAAUCAUGUCUUUAUGGGAAUUGCAAUACUGCUGCUGGGACUUGAACAAACACUAAUUGUGGCUCAUUUUCACGUAUUCAAUGCCAAAUACUUUCAAGAAAAUGAAACACAACUUUGAACCAGGGCUCUCCUCGUUUCGGGACAGGGCUAUUUUUGUGCACUUUUUAAAUUGUGCAUUUGCCUGACAGUGUUAUGUUCCAUAUACCUCACUGGUCAUGCUUAUGUCUGGGUGGUCAAGGUGGAAAGGAGUUGGAAAGCUUUUUAGGCCUCAUACAUGAUAGGAUCUUUUCUAAUUUUUUCCUCUGGAAAAGUUCCUAGUAAGUGGGCCAGUCGGCUCUAGCAAUACACUUCAACUUUAUUUAUAAACUAUUUUAUUUUUAAUUUUAGUGAUGGCUCUUUGGUCAUCAAUUAUAAAUGCCAGGCGUGCUUUAAAUAAAAGCAUAAUGGCUAUGCUGUAUUUUUAUAUUAUUGUAUUAAUUAUUGUGUUUUAUUUGUAUGCCAAUGAUUAAAGUUUUUACAUAUUUUAUAUUUUACAUAUCUGAUAAAUCAUUUGGUUCUCUAUUCUUUUUGAAAUGUGUUUUUUUUAUUUUACUGAUACUGGCCAAAAUGUGAAA